AUGUCUGGUGAAAAUAAAAGGAAAUUUUCGAACUUCAAGCAGGGUACAAGCAAUGUGAACAAGAAGGGUGAAUCGAGCACACCGGCAAGAGCUGCAACCGGUGUUGAGAAUAAAGGAAAGGGUUAUGUGGGUACUCUGCCCAAGUGUGACACGUACCAGCGCCAUCAUUCUGGUCGGUAUCGAUUAAGGAAGUGUGAAUCAUGUGGAAGGAACGGCCACACGAAGGAUACGUGUUGGGUCGGAACUGGUGCUGGGCGUGGUGGUAAUAGAGGUCAUGGGAAUGGUAAUGGAAACCGCCAGCAAGGAGGAAAUGGCAGAAAUGGAAACCGCGGAAACGACGGGAAUGGUAAUGGAAUCUGCCAGCAAGCUGGGAAUGGAAAUCGCAACCAAAACAACACUCAAGCUGGAAACGGAGGUGGUAAUGGUCGAAGACCGGGCUAUACUGUUGCAAAUAUUAGCUACGCAUCUCUAAAGUUUAAGAGUAUACUUGGUUUAGUAGCAAGUAAGUUAGAUAAUCCGCACUCGAAAGAACUAGCUAAUGGGAAGCUAGUGGAGGCCAACGAAGUAAUUGAAAACGACAAGAUAGAACCCGGAGAGCGUGAGUUUAUGCUUGACCUACUACCAGUUGAAUUGGGAAGCUUCGACAAGGUCAUCAUGGAUACCGACUUCUAUACCGCGUUUGCAACUCCGUCUGGUCCAGCUGCUAUUGUUUAA